AUGUCUAAAUAUUUCAUUAUCUUAAGUUCUAUCAUUUUAUUAUUAUCUUUAAAUUUUAUUAUUAAUGAAGUAUCAGCAAAUAGUAGAAGAUAUAUUAAAAAAAGAGAAGAAUCUGUAGAUAAUGAACCUAAUAGUACUGAAGUUUUUGAUGAUCCUGAUAUAAAUGUAUCAAUAAAUAAAACAAAUUUAUCAACCAAUGAAACUAUUAUUGAUGAAGAAACAAAAGAACAUGAUAUUGAUCAUGAUACAGUAAUGCUUUUAUAUGUCUUAAGACAUGGUAAUAGAAAUCCAUCCAAAUAUUUUGAAGAAAAUUCAUUAAAAAGAGGUUGGGGUGAAGAAGGACCAUUAGAAUUAAAUAGACGUGGUAAAAAUGAAGUUUUCAAUUUUGGUGUUCGUUUAAGACAUUUUUUGAAAGGUUUUACCAAAAGAAAUUUUAAUAGUUCUGAAAUUAAUUUAUAUACUAGUAGUGCUAAUCGUUGUCAAAUGACAUUACAGCUUGUUAGUGCUGCAAUUUUCCGCCCAAUUGGAUAUGGUUAUUGGAGAGAUAAUUUGGAUUGGAGUCCAACACCUUAUACAAUUGACGAUAAUCUAUUACGUCCUUAUACUAAAAAUUGUGAUGCAGUUAUAAAUGCAUGGGCUACAAUAAAUAAUGAAGAACUUUCUGAAAUAAAAAAUAUUGUAUCAUCAAAUCAAGAUAUUAUAAAUUUUUAUAUAAAUGAAGGUGGAAAAUUUAAUUUUAACAAAAAUAGAUCAUUUAAUGAUUUAGCUAAUGUUGCAGAUAAUUUGCAUAAUUAUAAAAUAUAUCGAAAACCAUUUCCAGAAUUUAUUACAAAAGCUAAUUUUUCAAAUUAUAAUUCAAGUACAUUAAUUGAUAAAACAAUGACAUUUAUAGAAGGACCACAAAUAGCCUGUGCAAAUGACAAGAAAUGCGGGUAUCUUAUGGGAGGUAAUUUAUUAAGUCAUAUUAAAAAUGAAUUAAUAAAAAAGGCUAAUGAGACACAUAAUUAUCCUGUUAAAAUGAUUGGAUAUGCCUCUCAUACCGAGAUAGUAUUAUCUGUAAUGAAGUUAAUGGGUAUUGACCAGAAUGAAGUAAGAACAGGAUGCGGUUUUAUUAUCCAAUUAAGAGAAAAACCUUUUUGGUCAUUAAAAAUUUUGACACACAAUACAAUUUAUCAAAAUAAUAGAUUAACCGGUCAUUCCAUAACAAUAGCUAAUUAUUCACAAUCUCUUAAAAAUAUAAGUAUGGGUAAUGGAUGGAUAGGACUACAAAAUUUUACAAAAUUAAUUCAAAAUAAAACAAUUGAUGAUUGGGAAAAAAUAUGCCCAACAUGUUCUAAAUUCAAUGAUAAUAAAUAUUCAGAAAUAAACAAUAUUAAAAUUUCCGGUGAUACUUUUAAUCCAAUGUAUGAUAAUUUAAAUCUAACUUUAAAUUUUGGUACUCAAACAUAUCCAUCAUACAAUAUUUUACUUAUUUCAUUAUUUACUAUAAUUUUUAUGACUUUAUAA